UAUGGAGAUUAUGCCCAAUUCAUUCGAAGUUUCAAUGAACAUAGCUGUAUGAACAAUAAAGAAAAGAGGAGAGGAUUGGUAUGGCAUGAAAUAUCCACAUGGUGAAAAACUAUGAUUUGGCACUAUUCAGAGGAGGGUAGCAUCUGUAAAUCAAGUCUCAUGAGACUGAAAGAUGGAUAUGCUCACACUAGUAUUACGAAUAUAGAGAAGAGGACCUAUCAGAGGACUUGUUCAAUUUGCUAUGGCAUUUGCGGCCUCCUUGAGACUUUGGAAGAAAGAAAUGGUUCAUUAGAGAUUUCAAAUUCAAUUUAGUAUUCUUCCGAAUUCUGAAUAGUCUCAAUGGACUCAUAAAUAACUAAAAAUAUAUUAACCUAUGCAGCAGUUAUCAGGAAAAACAAUAGAACAGACAAACCUUGGUUUUAAAUGCAGUCUGCGUCGACAAAGCUUUGGAAUACUAAAAACACACCAAAACUAAAAUUAGAUACAACUGGGACUCAGAUAAUUGUUAAAUAGUGACAUAAAAAUAUUAAAAUUGGAUCGAAUAAUGGUAGUCAUACUUUACAGUUUGGAAGAUGUAAUUUAAAUUCAUCAUAUCCUUAACUUCUCUAGUAGAGCAAUUCUUGCAGAUCUUGCAAUGCAUAUGCUUCACCCCUUUGGAAGUGGUCCCAGUGGUCGAGGCGGAGACAUGUUUGGACGAGGAAGACGAGGUAUGGGAAAUUUUAUGUCCUAUUUCAAGUCAGGAAUAGGCAACUUUUCCCGCAAUCGACAACAUCAUCAUCAUGACUACCAUCACAAUAGGUCAUCAGCCGACUCACCAAAUCUAAAGAAACGUGAAAGCAUUUUACUGGAUGAACUAGAAAGCAUCGCUCCAUCAUAUGUUGAUCCGUUUGACAUUGAUUACCAUGACUGUGAAAGUUCAGGGUGUCAACGAGUUAUCAUAAACGUCAGUGGUCAAAGAUUCGAAACUCAGCUCCGAACAUUGGGAAGGUAUCCUCAAUCAUUAUUAGGUGAUCCUGAAAAGCGACACCACUUUUGGGAUUCUAGACGGCAUGAGUACUUUCUAGAUCACCAUCGACCCACUUUUCAAGCAAUCCUUUACUUUUAUCAAAGUGGGGGCUGGCUAAGAAAACCAUUCGAGGUGCCAGAAGACGUCUGGAUGGAUGAACUUGAGUUCUAUGAACUCCCAAAUGACGUAAUUGAGAAUUACAAACGGGGUGAAGGCUAUCAGGUCGAAGAGGAGGUGCUUCCAGAAAUUGGCUGGAAACGUAACAUAUUUUUGGUCUUUGAGGAUCCGAAUAGUUCAUUAAUGGCCAAGAUCGUAGGUACAAUAUCAGUGGUCAUUAUCGUUAUAUCCAUCAUUGCAUUCUGUGUAGAGACACUACCUCAAUUUAAAGAUGGAUUGUGCGUCAAUGUAACAAUCGAUGGAGAACUAAAAGGACUUCCAGAUUACACAAACCCGUUUUUUAUUGUUGAAACAAUAUGUGUGUUCUGGUUUACUAUAGAACUAAUAAUGCGUUUCAUUUCUUGCCCUUCGAAGAUAGAUUUUGCCAAAAACAUUCUGAACGCGUUCGACUUGAUAGCAAUUUUACCGUACUUCAUGACAAUCGCCACUUUAGUUACAAUGGAUAGUUGUGAUCAGGCUAGUGGAAACAAGUCAGUACUCUUCCUGCGAGUACUUCGAGUUUUCAGAGUUUUUAAACUCUCUAAACAUUCAGCUGGAUUACGCAUACUGGGCUUAACCAUCAAGGCAAGUCUUCGAGAGUUAGGAAUGUUUUUAUUCUUCCUCAUAGUCUCAAUGGUGUUGUUUUCUGCUGCAGUGUAUUAUGCUGAAUUCAUGAAUCCAGAUUCCCAGUUUCCCAGCAUUCCUCAUGGCUUCUGGUGGGCUGUUGUUACUAUGACAACGGUUGGAUAUGGUGACGUAGUUCCACUUGGAGUAUGGGGAAAACUGAUAGGUAGUGUCUGUGUCAUAUCAGGGGUAUUAGCUUUAUCACUUCCUGUUCCUGUUAUUGUUGCAAACUUCAGCACAUUUUACAGCCACACGAGAAAUAAGUAAAACCAGGAAAUUGAAGUGUCAAAGGAAUGUUUUAAACUCAAUUAUUUACAAUGCUAGCACUUCAAUGGAACACCUACAUAGCAAGCUUAGAGAUGGAAUAUACCCAUUCUAAAUUGUCUGUCCUUUCAGAUCACUCAACAGAGCCAUUGAAGUCGGGGUGAUAUGACAAGAAAUGAUCGAUUUAUUGUAGGCUACCUACCUACCUACCUAAAUAAUUAAUACAUAUUGGUAUGAUGACAAUGUUGUCAGUUAGCUUCUAUAAUGUGUAUUUAGAGUGGUGCCAUGUUGCACUCCCUAAAUAUCAACGGCUCAGAAACUUGUAGAAGUGUACUGAUUAACCAAAUGUUUUGCAUGGGUCUACUUUCUUUUUUAAUUAACUUUUUGUAGCUUAACAGGAUCAACGGGGCAUCCUUAUGUAAUUUAUCACUAUAAAGGGAGAGAAUUAAUGACUUUGGGCAAUUUCUGCAAUAAAACUAAAAAUUAAAUAUGUGAUAUGUUGAAGGGGGCUGAUAACCCAUGCGUGAAAGUACUACUCUUAUGGCAUUGACCCCGGGAUGAAUUAUUAUCAUGAGGACCCGUGAAUCGGUGGAUCGAAAAGGAAUUGCAUGACUUAACUUGAAUUACUAGUAUUUCAUAUUGGUUUUCUAUUACUAUUAUCAUCACUUUUAUCAGAUUAUGUGAUAUGACAAAUAUUCCUGUCAUGCACUUAUUUACCACUUUCAAUUAUAGCGUGGACGCGAAGAAAUGAUUUCCUCAAGCCCAUACAUGAUUAUAGAGAAUGUAUACAGGUUUAAUUAUAUAUAUGCUGAAAAUAAUAUAUAUGAUGAAAGGUAGUUGAUUCACUAUGUACUAUUUACAUGACAUCAGGUAGAAAAGCUGUAAAGUUACAGUUCUUAUCCACCAUUUUGACCAUUGCUCAUAUGUAGAGUUAAUUGUAGAGUCAGUUGCUUUGAAGCAUCAACUUCCAUAUUAUACAUUUAUAUAAUUAAAUUUAUAAACUGCAACUAUAUAGACUAUAUGAUUAUCCUUUUUGGAUUGCUUGAUGUGUUCAAUAGAACCUUUAUUUCAUUGCUUCAUUAGAUAUGACGUGUCUUCUUAAACCUCAAUAGACAAUAUAAGGGUUAAGAUUUAGCGCAGCCAAGUUAACUUAAUAAAGCUGUUACAUUUGGGCCUACUCUAACAUGGUAGAAGCUUUUUGGAAACUCAUUCUUGAAAAUUGAUUGACUAGUCAAUUUAUACUGAGCGUUGUAAUAUGCUCAAUGAUAACAUUACAUCUAACAUAGUUGUCAUGGAUGAUGUAUCAUUGUUAAUGAUGUUGGGAAUACCCCUAAAUAUGUAAGCAAUAGCGAGUGAUAGUGUUAUUCUUAGUGGGAAUGACAGUAAGAAUUCAAAUUUGCUUCAAAUUGAACAUGCUUUCUGUAAUUGAGAAUUUGCUAAAAUCAGUGGUUCAAAUUGAUUCCAUGUUGUCUUCGAGGUUCUAACAAAGUAACGCGGUAACGAUUCUUUUAACGCUAUUUCUGCCACUGCCGCAAGAAGAUGUAUCAUUUGACAUUUCAACUUUUAGUCAUCAAUUGUUACAUUUGAUGAAUGUAUAGUUCUU